ACCAGUACGGCGCCGCGGUCGGCGAGUGUUGUCGAUGCGGUGACCAUAUCAGCGUGGGCGGCCCGGGGGUCCCCCGCCAGUUCUUCCCGGUGUUGUGACGCGGGACGUCGACCGCGAUGGCCGCGCUCGGCCAGUCAGAGUGUGUUCAGCUCGGCCUCGGGCGACACGGAGGGUCGGCACAGCGCUAUACGGGAGACACGGCAGUUCGGCGCGGCCACGAGACACUGCAAGUCGCCACAGCAGUCCGGCCAACAACUCGCCACAGUGCAGUGCGCAGCCGGAACGACAGCUCGUCAACGACAUCUGCUUCUCGUGUAAAUAAGAUAGAAGGCUAUGGCGGAAUCGGCGCCUUUCCGGUGCUCGUUGUGUGCUGUCACCUGCAACAGUGAGCAGUCCUGGCAGCAGCACUUGGCCGGCAUCCAGCACGCCAAGCACACCGUCCACACAAGUGUCGGCGGCCGGACGGAGGGGGCGGCGGUUGCCAGCGAGUUCUUCUGCGCGGCGUGUCAGCUGCAGUGCUCGGGUCCCGUGCCGUGGAGCCAGCACCUGCAGAGCGGCCGGCACUUGGUGCGGUGCCUGCAGACAGGAGGUCUGGUCAGAACGGGGCAGCAGACGGCCGGGCCGGCGCAGCAGACUGCACAGCCGGCGCAGCACACUGCCCAGCCGGUAAAGCAGACAGCACAGCCGGUAAAGCAGACCGCCCAGCCGGUAAAGCAGAUAGCACAGCCAGUAAAGCAGACAGCACAGCCGGUAAAGCAGACAGCCGGCCCGGUCCGACCAGCCCAGCAGACAGUAGACCAGGUACUGGAGACAGCUGCCCCGGCCCAGCAGACAGUCCUCCCGACACAGCAGACAGGUGGCCCAGCUCCUGGAGCACCCGCUGCCACUUCGCACCUGGCCUCGGCCUCGACCCAGACGAAUCUGCCGCCUCCAGUGAUCCCGAUCCUGGCUCAGACGGCGGGCUCGACUGCGACCCCGGCCCCGGGACUCCCGGCUCAGCCCCCGGGGCUGGGGAGCGGCGCGGCGGCGGCGGCAGCCUCCCCCUUUCACUGCGGCCCCUGCGGGGUGCAGUGCUCGGGGGCCGUCUCGUGGCAGCAGCACAUUGACAGCAGUCGACACCGUAAGAAGGCAGCCGGCGGCCGGCUGGACUGAGGGUCACACAGACGCAAAGCUGGCGGUCCCGAAUGGUGCUAGUCGGGAUCACAGCGCCGACUAACACGACUAUCGCUGGGUUCGCAUCGAUGAGACUUUCCCCAGAAGCUUUCCACGCGAUGGCCGCUCUUUGUCUAGCAUAACGCUUACUCCGUCUGUCGGAAGUAAUGAGAUAGGCGGUUGCGUCGUGUUGCAAUAUUGUACUGCGCUGCAACUUAUAACGACAUGUUGUGUUAGGUAUAUGUUUACGCUAUAUUUUGAGAUCGAUAGUUUUCGUCGCAUCGGCAUACUGCAAUGCUUCUGAAGAGAAGCGCGGAGCUGGAAAUGGUAUUUAGGUAUUCAUAUAGGUAUGCUCCAUAUCUUUGUUAAAUGGUUGAUUACCCUCGCCCUAGUCAAAGCAGUAAAAAAAAACUUGUUUAUCGAAUAAUGUAGUUAAAAUGUUAUUGAUUUGAAUCGGGAAGGCAUCCAGUAGCAAUUGAUAUGUGACUAAAAGGGAUAGCUGGGGGGAUGAACUUAUCUGUCUUUCAUCGUCUUUCAUGGUGGACAAUUAUUUGUCAUUCAGGAUUACUGGACAUUGUCAGACUCUAGCUUAUCGCGAUGAGGAGCUCCUAGCAGUACAGGCAGAUAAAUUGUCGAUCAUCAUGUAGUUAUCAGAUUGGCCAAGGUGUCAGUAAAUACCUACAUGUGCAUGUAGUAAUACAGGAGAGAGGGCAGAGGCUUUAGAAAAGAAACGAUUCAAUGCGAAUGACAAGUUGUUCUCGCGCAUGGUGCGAAGUAAGAUCAGAUGCGUGUGUGCUAUAAAAACAGACUUGAGUUAGAGACAUGAGUUUGAGUAUAGGUAGAUAUUUGUCGCGUUGUGAAUUUUUAUCGAUGGACAAUAAUAUACAUAUAUUAAACCGCGA